AUGGCGUCGGCGCCACUGGAACUGCUCGGCUUCUUCCUCGGCCUGCUGGGCCUGAUGGGCGCCCUGGUGGCCACCAUCCUGCCGCACUGGAGGACCUCGGCCUUCAUCGGCUCCAACAUCGUCACGGCUGUUGUGAACACAAAGGGGUUGUGGAUGGUAUGUGUGCACCAGAGCACCGGCACCUUCCAGUGUGAGAGCUACAACUCCAUGCUGGCACUGCCCACGGACCUCCAGGCUGCGCGUGCCAUGAUGGUGAUCUCUGUGGCACUGUCCGUGAUGGGCUGCGCCACCGCCUGCCUGGGCAUGAAGUGCACAGUGUGCCUCGAGGAGCCUGCUGCCAAGACCAAGGUGGCCGGUGCUGCCGGCGGCUGCUUCCUGCUCGCAGGCUUCUUCUGCCUGGUGCCCGUCUCCUGGAUCACCAACAGCGUGGUGCAGACGUUCUACCAGCCUGCAGUGCCUGCCAGCCACAAGUAUGAGCUGGGCGAGUGUCUUUACGUCGGCCUCAGCUCCUUCCUUCUGUCCCUACUGGGGGGCGCCCUGCUCUGCCUCUCCUGCUGCGACAGCUGCCGCGACCACAGGAGGUUCGGGAGACAGGGGAGUUGGUACCCCUAUCACAGCCGUGCCCCCAGAGCCAGCUCCCAUGGCAGGGCCUACCACCCCCCCACUCUCCAAGCUGGGGCCGACAUGCUCACCAAGCACCAAAUGCCCAAGCGCAACACCUCCAGAUCAAGUGGUCGGUCCAGUGGGCCGGACCAAGACCCGAAGCCGGCUCUCAACAACACGGCAGCAGGCUACGACGUCACUGGGUACGUCUGA